AUGUCGAGCACAGAAUCAGAUUUGGAAGUUCAAAAAAAAGAAGAGCCUAAGGUCCAUGAAACCGUGGAUGGAGGCUAUGGAUGGGUCAUAGUGUUCUGUUCGUUCUUGUUCUUAUUUUCCACUUGGGGAGUCAAUUCUGCUUUUGCGAUAUACUUUGCCGAGUAUCUUCGAAAUGGAAAGUUUGAAGGUGCUUCGAAAAUUGACUACUCGUAUAUUGGAGGUCUUUCAUUUGGAGUAGGACUUUUCAGUGGUCCACUCAUCAACUAUGUUCAUGGAUUGAUAGGUACCCAUUGCACCAUUCUCUUGGGAAACUGCUUUCAGUUCACUGCAAUGAUGUUGGCAAGCUACUCCACUAAACUCUGGCAGCUUUAUUUAACUCAAGGGUUAUUACAAUCGUACGGGUUGGCAUUUGUCAGUUUACCAGCAAUCCCAUUGGUGAGUCCAUGGUUUGAAAAAAGACGAGUUUUGGCCAGUGGACUUGCGGUGAUGGGCAGCGGGGCUGGAGGAGUGGUUUUCACAAUGGGAAUGUACAAAGUGAUGGAAGUUCGGAGUGUUGGCUGGGCACUUAGAGCUCAAGCCAUUAUCAGUGCUUCGUUGAUUUUGAUAGGAGUUCUGCUUGUACGAACCCGUACCAAGAGUCAUAUCUUUACUCCGUUUGAUCUUGCAACCCUCAAGUGUUUUGGGUUCUGGAUAAUGUGUUUUUAUUAUAUAACCUGCAUUUUUGGUUAUGUGGUAGUGUUGUACAGUUUGGCCAGUUUGGCCGCUACCCUUGGUUAUUCGCUGCACCAGGGUGCUGUGGUUGCAACCAUGGUCCAGGUUGGGUUUUGUUACGGUAGACCGCUUGCUGGAUAUUUUUCCGAUAAAUUAGGGCCCAUCACCGUCACCGCAUUUUGCUACUAUAUGUCCAGCAUUUUCACAUUGGCAAUGCUAAUUCCAGCCAGAAACUAUGCAACCCUCAUUAUGCUUGGUUUGCUCGAGGGAACUUUCAUGGGAGCCAUUUUCCCCACUACAGCACCAAUAACCGUUCGCUUAGUGGGUCUUCGAAAACUAAAUGUUUCAUUCUGCAUGCUGUGGAUGUUUGUAGGUGCUGCCUCCAUCUUUUCAGAGCCAAUUGCAACCUCCAUAACUACCUCUGUCGACGGAGUGGCCCUUGCUGAUGCCUAUACUCACCCAGGUAUUUUUGCAGGAUGUUCGUUCUUUGCUUGUGCUACCGCUGCCAUGGUUCUUCGAGGCUAUGUUAUUGGCCGAGAUGUUGUCAUGGCUCGGUCCAGUUUGGAUCCUGCCACAACCGAUAUUUUAAGCGUGAGAGUUCCGGCAGCCGAUAUUGUUCGGAACAUGAUUUCGUGGCCCUCGAGACGGGCAUAG